AAACCCUACACAAGAAAGUUGUAACAGCAGAACCCGCUCUAAACCAAUGCUCAGACGAGAGCACUCAAAAUUCAGAAGAAGAACCCCGAAAACCCUAGUUUCACAGCACUUUUCGCCCAAACUCGUCUCUUUAUACUCUUUCCGAUUUUGAUCAUCGGUAAUAUUUGGCGAGGACACCCACACUUGUGUGUGUGUUAUCUCUGCAUUCAGUUUAUAUUCAAAAUUCUGGGCUUCACGAAGUGUUGCCUAAUCCGUUUCCGUUGUAUUAUUUCUAGGUUGAAGCAGUCCGGUUAAUGCAAAUUGGCCCUGGAUUGUAAAAUUUUGUUUUUGUUUUUUAUUUUAUUUCGAUCAAGAUUAUAUUUAUAUACAUUUGUUCUUAUAUUGGUACAGUUAUUUAACAAUAUAUUUUGAGUUAUAGAAUGGCUAUGGAUAAGAGUUUCAGUCUAGAGUCUGCAUUGGGAAGGUUUCUUGCCCGCUGCCCAAAGCUUUUAUCUGUUCAACGGUUUGCAAAGUAUGCUAAAGAGGGUUAUACGGUGACAGAAGAUGAGGUGGUGAGACUGUUGGCAGAGGUGUUCCUGCUGCCAACUUACACAAUUCCGCUGAUGGGUUGUUUCCGCCCAAUAGUGAGAAUAAUUGUGGACAAAGCAGUAUGGUUGAUUCGGCUCGUCCCCAAUUUAAGGUCUAAUUCUAAUGACGAGGUUGCAAAUUUUGACAAAGACAGAAUUUUAGAAGAGCAUUCCGUUAUUGAGUUCUAUAAUAGAAUUGGGAAGGGUCUGGAUCUCCACGAGCUUGCUUGUCUGGCCUUUUGUCGUGCUCUUGAUUUGGAUCCUUCUUUAUCAGGGUCCGUAUUAAGUUAUUUUGAAUUUGCUCCUCCCCCAUUUCAACGCAUUUUGGUGGGACAACCAAUUUCUGAGCUCUGUGUUAAGGCUGGAUGUCAUGUACUACUGGGUGUCAGGGCAUCUUAUCGACUCCUCUUAAUGAAGUUCGAUGAUUUUAAUAAACUAUGGGAUUGGUCCUGUUUUUUGGACCUUGUUAAACAAUUAGCAAAUCUUGAAAUGAGUAGCUGUGCUGAAAGUGUAGAGAUUAUCACUGAUCUGUGCAGCUGUACUGAAAAUGUGGAAGUGGUCUGCGAUCUUUGCAGUUGUACUGAACGAGUGGAGGUUGUAACAGAUAUAAAAUGGUGUGCGAUAAAGAUACUGUCAUUUGUUCUCAAAUUAAGUGAUAGAGCAAUUGAAAAGCUAGGAAUUGAAAAAGAUGAAUCAUUUUUAUGUUACUUGAGAUGGGAGAAAUUCUGCCAGGAUGUCUCAUUAGAGAAGGCUGGCUGGUACAUUAGUGGAUCAUCUAGACCAAAUACGUUGGAAAGCUCCGAUUUUUGUCAGAAAAGAUGUUUGAAGUUUUUUGGAUUGGAUUCUGAACCUAUUUGUUCCUCACAAGUUUAUUUUAAAGAGCCACCACUUAGGAUUCAACGACUAGCUUGGGAUCAUGCAUCAUCAUCUGGAAACCCAUUUGUUUUGACAUCAGCGGUGCAGAAAACUUUUGAAACAGUAUCAUUGGCAGUAAGUCAAAAGUGGCCAGUGCUCUUAUAUGGUCCUAGUGGCAGUGGAAAAACCUCUCUUAUUAGCAAGUUGGCCCAGCUGAAUAGUGAGAGACAAGUUGUAUCUAUACCUAUGGAUGAUCAGAUUGAUGGAAAAACAUUACUUGGAAGUUAUGUUUGCACGGAACGACCUGGCGAAUUUAGAUGGCAGCCCGGGACACUUAGCCAGGCCGUUGUAAAUGGAUACUGGGUUGUUUUUGAGGAUAUUGAUAAAGCACCCUCCGAUGUACAUGCUAUCUUAUUACCUCUAUUGGAGGGCACAAACUCAUAUAUAACUGGACAUGGAGAGGAGAUACGGGUUGCAGAAAAUUUUCGAUUAUUUUCUACCAUUUCAACAUCAAAACUUGAAGUAUCUAGUAUUAUUAAAGGGGGGAAUUCGGUUUCUGUUUUUUGGAGGACAGCGAUGCUUGGACCACCAAAAGUUGAGGACCUGAAAAAAAUAGUAAAGGAGAGUUACCCAAGUCUGGAACCUAUUGCCGAGAAGCUUGUAGAAACAUUUGAUAGGGUAAAAUCUUCUCCGUAUGAUCAAGUAAAUGGAGUUCAGUACGAGAAUUUGGAUUCUGCUGGUUACCUAAGCAGGUUCUCGUUAAGGGAUCUACUUAAAUGGUGCAAGCGCAUAGCAGGGCUGGGCUUUAGAUUUGAUAUGAAUUGUGUGUCACUGUCAGCUUAUGAGUGUCACUGCAUCUAUCAAGAGGCUGUUGAAAUAUUUGCUGCCUCUUCAACUUCUGUUGAACAUCGCUUGACUAUAAGGAAGGAUAUUGCCCAGAUGUGGCAAGUGCCACCAAGUACUGUUGGAGAUACCUUGUAUCCUGCUGAUAAACCUAUAAUUCAGGAUUCACUUACUGAUAUAAAAAUUGGUCGAGUUUCUCUCCAACGCACUCAAACUUCGUUACAUGCAAAAAGAAAAUCUUUUGUAGAGAUCCGAAGUUCUCUUACUUUGCUUGAGAGACUAGCCGCUUCAGUUAAGUUUAACGAGCCUGUCCUCAUGGUUGGUGAAACUGGCACUGGAAAGACUACACUAGUACAGGAUCUUGCCCUGAGGCUUGGUCAGAAACUAACAGUUCUGAAUUUGAGUCAGCAGAGUGAUGUUGCUGAUUUAUUAGGUGGAUUUAAACCUAUGGAUGCUCAGUUUAUAUGUUUUCCCCUGUAUAAGGAGUUUUUAGACCUUUUCGUGGAGAAAAAAUCUAUCAAGGCAAAUCAUGCAUUUUUUGCCCUUUUGCAAAAGAAUCUCACUAAGAAGAAAUGGAUAUCGGUAAUAAAAGGGCUUCGACAUGGUGUUAAAUUUCUCCAAGAUGGAGACAGAUCAACUAAAAGUGGAAGAAAGCGACAGAAGACAGAAGAGGAUGAACUUCGGUUAGAGAAUUUAUCUGGAAAGCUUGAAAUGGUCGAGGAUCAAUUAGAUGGUUCAUCUGGAAUUAUAUUUUCAUUUGUAGAGGGAGCUUUUGUGAAUGCACUGAAAAGUGGUGAAUGGAUUUUGCUUGAUGAGGUGAAUUUGGCUCCUCCUGAGACUCUGCAGAGAGUUAUUGGUGUUCUUGAUGGUGACAGUGGUUCGCUCUGUUUAACUGAAAGAGGGGAUAUUAGCUGUGUACGUCGACAUCCUAAUUUUCGUUUGUUUGCUUGUAUGAAUCCUGCAACUGAUGCUGGGAAGAGGGAUCUUCCGUUCUCUUUACGAAGCAGAUUUACAGAAUAUUUUGUUGAUGACGUCUCAGAUGAUGAAGAUCUAACUCUCUUUGUCAAUAAAUUUUUGGGUGAUGGUAUAUCAAAUCCAGAAUUGGUGAAAAAUAUUGUGUCUUUUUAUAAAGAAGCAAAGUUAGAUGCUGAAGAAAGACUGCAGGAUGGAGCUAAUCAAAAGCCACAAUAUAGUUUAAGGUCACUAUACCGGGCUCUAGAAUAUACAAGGAAGGCCAAAAAAACUUUUGGAUUUCAGAAAGCUUUGUAUGAUGGAUUUUGUAUGUUUUUCCAGACUUUGUUGGAUAGACCUAGUGCCAUGUUGAUGGAUAAGAAGAUAUUGUCUAAAUUGAUGGCAGGAAAAAAAAUUCCACAUGUACCUUUUGAUGAUUAUUUGACAUCUAAAGUUGAUAAAGCUGAAAGCUUUAUAGAGAAUUAUAUCUUAACUAAAAGUGUUAGGGAAAAUUUAAGUAUUGUGGCUCGUGCUAUUUUGGUUAAAAGAUAUCCUGUACUCCUGCAGGGACCCACAUCUAGUGGGAAGACUAGCCUUGUUCGGUAUCUUGCUGCUAUAACUGGUCAUGAGUUUGUUCGAAUUAAUAAUCAUGAACACACUGAUUUGCAGGAGUAUCUGGGAACUUAUAUAACUGAUGCUGGGGGAAAACUUGUAUUUCAUGAAGGUGUAUUGGUUAGGGCUGUAAGAAAUGGUUGUUGGAUUGUUCUGGAUGAACUAAACUUGGCUCCAUCUGAUGUGCUUGAGGCAUUGAACCGAUUGUUAGAUGACAACAGAGAACUUUUUGUGCCUGAAUUGCAAGAAACUGUUAGAGCACAUCCAGAUUUUAUGCUUUUUGCCACUCAGAAUCCACCUACUGUCUAUGGUGGCCGAAAAAUGCUUUCCCGAGCAUUCAGGAAUCGUUUUGUAGAGAUCCAUGUGGAUGAAAUUCCAGAAAAUGAGUUGAGCACAAUAAUAACGGGAAGGUGUAAGAUUCCAGAAAGUUAUGCUAAGAAAAUGGUUGAUGUCAUGAAGGAGUUGCAAUUGAAUAGGCAGAGAAGCAAGGUGUUUGCGGGAAAACAUGGUUACAUAACUCCACGUGACUUGUUUCGCUGGGCUGAUCGUUUUAGAAUAGGUCAGGGUUGCUCUUAUGAUGAUCUGGCUAGGGAUGGUUAUUAUCUUCUGGCAGAGAGGCUACGCGAAGAAGGAGAGAAGUCUGUUAUCCGUGAAGUUUUGGAGAAACAUCUACGUGUUAAACUAUUUGAAACCGACUUGUACAAGGUUCCUGGUGUUUCUAAUGGAGUUGGAGUCAUGAACAAUGUUCAAAGUGUUAGUUGGAGUAAAAGUAUGGAGAGACUGUACUUUCUUGUGGAGCGGUGCUACAAAAUGAAGGAGCCUGUACUUCUCAUUGGUGAAACUGGGGGAGGGAAGACAACUGUCUGUCAAUUGCUGAGUAAUCGUUUGGGGUUAAAAUUGCAUAUAUUGAACUGCCAUCAGUAUACAGAAACCUCUGAUUUUCUUGGGGGGUUUUACCCUAUUCGAGAGAGAUCAAAAUUGAUGUCUAAAUAUAAGAAGAUAGUUGAAGAAUUGGUCAUUCCUGAUGCUUUUAGCUGUUGCGACCAAGUUCCUAUUAUUUCUUCAGACAUAGGGGAGGCCUCUGCAACUUUAUCCCAGUUGCAAGAUAUGAUAGAAAAGUACAAACAAGGUUCAAUUUUAUGUCCUGGUGUCACUGAUCAACAUGUUAUGGAGACUCUGGAAGUAAUGUUGAUGGAACUCUCUGAGCUGCAUCAGAAGUGGCAAACGAUUUUCAUGUGGCAAGAUGGGCCUCUUGUUCAUGCAAUGAAAGGGGGUGAUCUAUUUCUAGUGGAUGAGAUUUGUUUGGCUGAUGAUAGUGUACUUGAAAGAUUGAAUAGUGUCUUGGAGCCAGAAAGAACAUUGUCUUUGGCAGAAAAAGGGGGAUCAGAUCUGGAGAAGAUAGUUGCUGAUGAGAAAUUCUUACUACUUGCAACUAUGAAUCCUGGUGGUGAUUUUGGCAAGAAGGAACUGUCUCCAGCUCUUCGUAAUCGUUUUACUGAGAUAUGGGUUCCACCUGUUUAUGAUAUGAAUGAGCUUAGAUCUAUUGCUCUGCAAAGGGUGCUACCAAAUUUCUCAUGCAUUGUGGAUCCCAUGUUGAUCUUUUGGGAAUGGUUCGGCCAUUUACAGAUAGGGAGAAUGCUCACUAUCAGAGAUCUGCUUUCCUGGGUUGAAUUUGUUAAUGUGACAGGAAGCAGAUUAGGAGCUGAGUAUGCAUGCAUUCAUGGAGUGUUCCUUGUUUUGCUUGACGGAUUAAGCUUAGGGAGUGGAAUAUCCAAAACAGAUGCUGGAGAGUUGAGGAAGCAAUGCUUGUCUUUUCUUUUGGAACAAAUGAAGGUGAACCAUGCUAAUUCAAUGUACUCAAAACUUUCAAGAAUGCAAAAUUAUGGCUGGGGAGAACUUAAUACAACUGGUGAUGUUUCUCUAUGUGACGAUAUGUUUGGAGCUGAUUCUUUCUAUAUUCAAGAAGGUUCUGAAUGCUGUCAAGAUAAUGAAUUUAAGUUUUCGGCACCAACCACUUGCAGAAAUGCAUUGCGUGUGAUGCGUGCUAUGCAGCUCUCAAAACCUGUUCUCCUGGAAGGUAGUCCAGGUGUUGGGAAGACUAGUUUAAUUGUUGCCUUGGGGAAAUUUCAUGGGCACAAAGUUGUACGUAUAAACUUUUCUGAACAGACUGAUUUAAUGGACUUGUUGGGGUCAGACUUACCUGUUGAGAGUGAUGAUGGAAUGAAAUUUGCCUGGUCAGACGGAAUUUUGUUACAAGCUUUAAAGGAAGGUUGCUGGGUAUUGCUUGAUGAGCUUAAUCUUGCUCCGCAAUCUGUAUUAGAGGGUCUGAAUGCUAUUUUGGAUCAUCGAGCGGAGGUGUUUAUCCCAGAGCUUGGUCUUACAUUCAAGUGUCCAUCAUCCUUCAGAAUCUUUGCUUGUCAAAAUCCUUCUUAUCAAGGGUGUGGCAGAAAAAGCCUUCCUAAAUCUUUUCUCAACCGUUUUACUAAGGUUUAUGUGGAUGAGUUGGUUGAGGAAGACUAUGAUUCAAUCUGUAGUUUACGUUUUCCAAAAAUACCAAGUUCACUACUUAAAAAAUUGAUUUUAUUUAAUAAACGGUUGUAUGAGGACACCAUGUUGCAUCAUAAAUUUGCUCAGGAAGGUUCCCCUUGGGAGUUCAAUUUACGAGAUGUGUUUCGAUCGUGUGAAAUUAUAUAUGGUGCACCGGACAAGUCAAAAGAGUAUUGCUUCCUUAACACAGUUUAUCUUCAAAGAAUGCGUACAGAAGAUGACCGCAGACAAGUGCUACAUCUGUAUGAGGAGAUUUUCAAAGUGAAGCCAUAUAUAAAUCCUUCGCCACGGGUCCAACUCAAUUCACAAUACUUGAUAGUUGGUAAUACUUCCAUUAAAAGGGAGGGUGUUCAGUCAUCUAAGGUUUCUAGUGAUUCACUAAAAGUUUUGCCAGCAGUUCGUCAAAGUUUGGAAGCUGUGGCGCAAUGUAUGAAGCAUCAAUGGCUGUGUAUUUUAGUUGGUCCAACAUCAUCUGGUAAGACUUCCUUGAUUAGGUUACUAGCAGAGCUCACUGGAAAUGUACUAAAUGAAUUACAUCUAUCAUCUGGUACGGAUAUCUCUGAAAUACUUGGAUGUUUUGAGCAAUAUAAUGCCAUCCGGAAUUUUCGCUUCGUGGUUGCUCUAGUAGAGUGCUAUAUUAAUGAAUAUUGCGGUUCAAGCUUGGAGUCUUUGCAGAAUACUUUAAUAAGUGAAGGAGGGUUCAUCUCCAAAUGGUUUUUUUUCUUAUCCACAAUAAAUCAUGAUGUUUUGUCAUGCUUUUCCUCUAGUAGUGAGGAAGAUAGGAAGAGACUUGCCAAUUCUCUUACUCUGCUGGAUGAGAUUAUACAACAACUCAAGUUGGUUAUGGAAGAAAAUUCUCUAUCACUAUCUUGGUCUAGUAGAGAACUUGACAGAGCCACAAGGAUAGUUUCCAAGUUAAGAGAGUGUCUUCAGAAAAGGUCGUUUUCAGCAAAAUUUGAAUGGGUUUCUGGGCAACUGGUGAAGGCAAUAGACCGUGGAGAGUGGAUUGUACUCGAGAAUGCAAAUUGUUGUAAUCCCACGGUUCUUGAUAGGAUAAACUCUUUGGUUGAGCCACUGGGAUCUAUUACAAUCAAUGAGUGGGGUAUUGUGGAUGGAAAACCAGUUAUUCUCCAUCCCCACCCUAACUUUCGUAUGUUCCUCACGGUUAAUCCAAGUUAUGGUGAAGUAUCUCGAGCUAUGCGAAACAGAGGAAUUGAAAUAUUUUUGAUGCAACCAUGUUGGCUACAUGAUGAAUCCAUUGGUUUUAGUUGUGAUGAAUUUGAACUAAAAGAUGUAAAUAGAUUCCUUUCCCUGUCUGGUAUUCCUACUGAUAGUUUGGUGCAAGCAAUGGCCAAAUCACACCUUUAUGCUAGAAAGGAAGGCUUACGCUUCAAUAUUUCAAUUACAUAUCUCGAGCUUUCCCGUUGGGUUCAGUUGUUUCAGCAACUUUUGAUGGAUGGUAAUCAGCCUAUCUGGAGCCUUCAAUUGAGUUGGGAGUAUGUUUAUAUAUCAUCACUUGGUGAGGCUAAUGGAGGAAGUACUGUUCGUCAUGCAAAAGAUACUCACUUAUCUAUUGCUGCAUUUUCUGACUCUUCCUUGUUGGAUUCACCUCUGUGUUUGCCUGGAGGGUGGCCAAUGCCUCUGAAGUUGAGAGAUUUUGUUUUGUACUCAAGAGAAAGUACCGUAAAGCAAAACUGCAUGUAUCUUUCCCUCUUGGCAGCUCAGUAUUUCUCGUGCAAAGUAAGAGAGAAAGGGUGUGCUAUGUACCAGGAUUCAACUGCUAGCAACUAUGGAGAACCUUCCUUGGUGGAUGUGAAGAAGCUACAUCAAAUUAUGUUACCUUGUGAUCCAAAUUUGACAACUUCAAACUCUAGCAGUCUUGAUGUUGAAUUGGCCAAAAAGAAGUUGCUGUUUGCUGCCGAAUGGGCAAUAGAACAGGCCUCUGAGGGUGAUCUAAGGUUGUAUCUUCUAUGGUUUAGAACGUUUAGUUCUAGGUGCCAGAUUUUAUCCGAGUUCUCUAAUUUAGUUGAAAGGGUUAUGAAGCAUCCUAUUUGGAAAUAUAUGAUCAACUGCUACCUUAAGCUUACUCCAAAUCUAAUAGAUGAUGUUGAAAAGUUUCCAACCCCGGUACUAUCAAUUGAGUUGGUUGAUGAGGUCAUGCCGAGUAGUGAAAAAACAAAGUUCCUGUGUAAUGCUAUUAACUGUGUGGGUCCUUUGAAGCUUACUUAUAGACAGUCGGAUGAUGAGUGCAAAGUUUAUGACAACAGGGUAAUUCGUUAUUUCAAGCCAUUAUUGGAAUUUCUGCGGAGUUUUGAGGAGGACUUCCUCGAGAAGCUUGUUGAUCCAUCUUUCAUGCUUGUUGAGUCUCCAUCAUUUGAUAUUCUUAUUCAAAUGUAUGUAAAUGUUCUGGAGGACCACAUAUGCUUUUGGAAUAAUAUUGAAAAAUAUUCGAGUAACGGAGAAAGGUCAAAGAACACUGAAGAAGACAUGGGGAAGUUGCUAAUUUCUUGGCGCUUGUUGCUGAAGAAUGCUGCAAAGCUGAAAGGAAUUUGUUCAGAAGCGUUUAAUCGGUUGCUGGAGGAGAGUAAGAAGCUGGAGAAGGUUUAUUCUUGGAAUUUUCAUUCAGAGAAGUCCUUGUUGUGGGUUUAUGGUGGUCAUCCAAUUUUGCCAUCAUCUGCUCUUUUAUUUGCAAAGCAGCUGGAGCUUUUGAAAUUUUGUGAGUCGUGCUGGCCAACAGAGACAAGGUCGUUGAAGGAAAGAUCAUUAAAACCGGUUGAGAAUCAUUGGAUUGAAACUGUUGCAUCAUCGAAUUCCACUCUUCGUUUCCUUGUAAUGGAAGGUGUUUCCAUGUUGUAUUGUUAUGAGGAGGAGCUCCAUGUUGUCAUGCAUCUGGAUGAAAUGUCUGAGUUUAUGCAGAAGCUUGAAAAAUGGGUUCAACAAGCAAAAUCAAACUUAGAGAAGAACUUGCAGCAUAACAAGCUUGAUGUUUCUGGAGCAAAUUCAUCUACUUUUUGUUCAUUCUCCAAUGAGAUAUUGUGCCAAAAGUCUGGUUUUGAUAGUUGGCAGUGUACUCUUCCUUUUGUUGACACUACAAGCUUUUACUUAGAUAUGGAGUUGCUUCAGGAGCUAUCAUCCGCUCACUUGGCUGAUUCAAGAGAGUUACAGCUGGUAAAGGAUUGGACUAGUGUAUCUAAUCGCCUGAAGUCUGCAUUGAAUUUUUCGUUAGUCUUCUCAUCAAGGCCUCUGCAAAUGUUUUUGCCACAUCAAAAAAUUUUAUCGAUACUUGAUACGUGGACCUCAGUUGAUGCAGUUAAUGGAAAGGUUGCAACCUUUGUGCUUGAGAUGUGGUUUAGGUGGCAUCAGUUUUUAUGGAUUUAUUGCCCUAUUUCUGUCAAGGAGUUUUCAUCUCAUGGAAUUCCAGUACCUGAUUCUUUCCAAACAGAAGAUAUUCCAGUACCUGAUGCUUCCCAAAAGAAAUGUAUUUCGGUGCCUGAUAUGCUGUUUCAGCCUGUAAUGAUGAAUACAGUUUUCCAAAUACUGCAAAAUACCACAGCGAUUAAAGAUUAUUUUUCGGGUUCUUUAAAGCUCAAAGUUGCAUCAUGUAAUCUCUGGCGAAGCCUUUCACCUGGAUCAGACUUGCCUACUUUUUUUUUAUCUGCUGUGCGAGAUCUUUUUGAGCAGAUUAUAAUUGCACACCAGAAAGCUUUUGAUGCUGAUGAUUUUGAACAAAUAAAGUCUAAUCUCUGCGAUCUCCGAACAAGUAUGACUAAGAAUGGAAGUCUCAAGCUUGAAAAGCUCCAGUCCCUCAGAUCCCUUAUUCUGUCUUCAAGCCAUAACGGGCUGAAAAUGUCAUUGGAAAAGUUUAUUGCGCCACUUCUCAUGGAGCUAUAUCGUGAUUGCUCAUCCACUGGCUGCUUCUCUAAUGUUGGUCGUGCUUGGUUGCGCCUUGGGGUUUUACGUUUGAAUCUAUUGCUUUGCUGUGAUGAUUUGGAUCCAGCUAUGAAAUACCAUUGUAAGGAUUCACAGUUGUCUGACAAGAUAUCCUCGUGUAAUCUUGAAAUUCAGGUGCGACGGGAAUGCAACUCUUUAGCAGGGUGGCUUUCAACAAGAGAAGCUGAUAAAAAACAAGUGCAAACUUUGGGAAACCUUGAAAAAGAAAAGAGAAGACUGCAAAGAAAGAUUGUGUUUCGCUCGGACUAUAGAAAGUUUAAAAACUUAAAACAUCGAUGCAAUGAAUUUCUUGCACAUGCCUUGUCUAAAUCAUCGGAGUUUUUAUGGAGUGAUAUUGAAGCCAUGAGCUUAGAGCAGAUUCCUGACAAAGGGUAUAAUUGGCAGAAUACUGCCACUGCUUUCAUUGAAAAGUUAUCAGACGACUACCCAGAAUACAUUGAUUUUGUACAACCAGUUCAGGUUGCAGUAUAUGAAAUGAAGUUGGGUUUCUCCCUGGUUGUUUCAAGUCUCAUGCAGAAAAGAGCUUUGAGUACCAUAAAAGAAAAAAGUAGCUCAAGUAGAGUUGAUCCAUGCAAAAUGAAUGUGGUUACGGAAUCAAUUUAUACAUUUAUGAGAUUUCCUUUGGCUUCUUCUCCAUAUACUGUAUCUAUCAACCUGAAUAAUGAGCUGCCUGAGUUUCUACCUUACAAAGUAGAAACCUCAGCAGAUUUCUGUGCUGCUGAUAUGGAUGUACUAAAAGAGCUUGUUUCUUUUUCUUGUGAUGCUGUUACUACUAGUGAAUCGAUCUCCCAUACACACCUGGAGGCUUCUCUGUAUCAGAAUAUUCUUUUCCGUACUGAGAACUUUGUAUCUUGUACACAUAUGAUGAACUCUGCAUCGUUUACGAUCUUGGAUAGUUCAUUUGGAAAGCUUGCAGAUUUUUGGAAGUCCAUGAAAUUCCUUCAAGCAAAAACUAGAGAAGAAGAAUCUCAGCAGUACAAAUUCAGGACUCGUGCAUUUAAGAUUGCUAGUAUUUUCGAACUGGAUAUAUCAAAUCUUGGUAAGUCUUUUGAAGGUGGAAGUUCUUCAGAGAUGAAGGAAUUUUUUUCGGAAUGGAAGGAAUUGGUGUCUGAUGAUCAACAUGCUGGAAAGCAGGAGGAUGCUUGUAAUGAACAAGAUAAUUCAGACGAAGAAUGUAAUCCUUUGGAGGAAUCCGUUUUGAACAAUGUAGUCCGUAUUCACGAUCAGUUAUUUGGGAUAAAUAGCCUUAUUAUAAAUCCGGGUGCUUACCAAAUCUCUACCGAAGAUCGAUUUAUUUCCUUCAUUGACUCGUAUACUAUUGGUACAAGGAUUGUUAGAGGCUUAGAAGGUUCAUUCUUGUCCAAUUUGGAUGCUCGUUUAGCUCCAGAGCACUUGCUACGUCUUUGUUUGGAGCACGAGCAGAAGUUUGUACCAUCUCACGAGGCAGCCUGCAGAUUUAACUUUUAUAAGGAUUCAAAUGCUUUGGAGAUGUCAAAAAUGGUGAAAUUACUUCAGCCUUUACAAGAGCGAGUUUAUUCUCUUCUAAAAGAAUGGGAAGAUCAUCAUGGUCUUCGGAAGAUCUUAAAUGUGAUUUUGAUGCUCUUGAAUAUUCCAGUGACCACACCCCUGGCUAAGGUGCUGUCAGGAUUGCAAUUUCUAGUUAAUAGUAUUCAGUUACUUCAAGAAAAUGGUUCAAAAUUUCCAAUCUCUGAUCAACUGGAGGCUAUAAUUGAUCUGGUGGAGUCAUGGCAUAAGUUGGAGUUUGGGUCGUGGCAAGUUUUGCUUGAUGAGGUGUUGCAUCAAUAUGAUCUCAACGCUGGAAAGUUGUGGUUUCCUCUUUAUCCAAUUCUUUUAAAGCAGAGUAGUUCUGGUAUGAACAAUAAUAUCCUAAGCUUGGAGGAUUUUAUCCAAACAUCCAGCAUUGGUGAAUUUAGAAGACGCCUUCAGCUUCUCUUUGCUUUCCUUGGUCAAAUACAUAUGGGUCUAUGUGUAAAAUAUUAUUCAAGCUCACUUGUGACGGAAAAUCUGAAGAUUCUAUACAAUGUUUUUGGUUUUUAUGUGCAAUUUUUACCACGAACUUUGGAGCACAUAGAAGAUACCAGAAAAGAUAUUGUGGAGGAACUGAAGGCUCUGAAGUUAUGUUCAUGGGAGAGUCGUGAGAGAAUUCUGUGCAUGAAUAACUCAAAGAAGAAAAGGCAGAAAUUGAAGAAGCUCAUACAGAAGUAUGAUGAUUUUCUGCAUCAGCCUGUGAUGCUUUUUAUUAACAAGGAUGCAGAGCAGAAAGGAGGAUUUCAAGCCGCACGUGGUGAAAAGUCGGUCAGUAGUUGUGCAAAAGCAAAUAAAGGGUUAGAUAAUGCUGCUUCUGAACUGACCCUGUCCGAUGAUGAUGACAGGUUUAUAUGGUAUGAUGAUUGGAGAAAGAAAGCAGAUGGCGCUUCAAAAAGUUUAAAGCUUGAGUUACUAUCUGAAGGUGAGAAAGCAGAUGGUGCUUCAAAAAGUUCAAAGCCUGAUUUACCACUUAAAGGUAUCAUUAGACGAUGCUCGGCCUCCCUUUCUACUACUAGUCUUUCAUACAGGGAUGCUUGGAAUGCUGUAUUGGGCAAACUGAACAGAAUUUCUAGAAUUGCUGUUGAUUGUGAUGAUCUCUGGAACGAAGAAAACAAGGGUCAACAGAAGAGAAGGGCUUUGUCUGAACUUCUGAAGCUUUUAGAAAGCACUGGACUGUCUAGACAUAAACCUGUGUUUACAGAGGAUCAAGCUAAAUCUUGGUGGUUCCUCGAGCCUUUACACGAGUUUCUGCAUUUGUUGCCGGGACAAAAUGGACUGAUGCAUGGAGCCUCUAAUGCUGCUGCUUCUGCUUGCGUCGUUUCUGGAAGUUUGCCCAAUAAUAAGUUCGUAGCUGAAUGGACUGCAACUACUGGAAGCUACUUUAAGAGUGUAGCAUCUGUACUGCUACUGCAGCAGAUUUGCCUCAACUGCCACAAAGAUAUUACUCGUGAACAGGUUGACAGGUCAGGCUCUUUUCUUCACCAGCUUAUUGAGAUACAACAAAAGCAGCAUACUGCUGGUGUUGUUUUUGCUAAGCAUUUGAAGAGCUUUAAAGAAUGCAAUUCUAUUCUGAAAAAUUUGUAUUCAAGUUGUACCACUUCUGAUGGUGGAACUCGCACCAUGUUUUGCAUUGUCCAAAACCAAGAUGCCAUCUUCAGGUGCAUGUGGCAGCAGAAAAAAAUAUUUGAUUGCUUGUGUUCUAUAUCACAUGAUGAGUUAUUGUUGCUGAGAACAUUUGACAAAACACAUUUGGAAACUUGUGAAACGGUUAAAGCUGCGUCACAUGGAAUCCUUGCUUUGGUUGAGAAUUUCUUUCCAUUAUUUAAGAAGUCAAAGGAAUUGUUGGAUAAUACUCUUCUUGGCCAAGAUAGAGAUAUUACUAAACUGCCUGCAUCUCCUGAUCUUUUAGUUAUUUCAAAAGAUAUGGAAGAAGUGGUAUCUAAAAACUUUCGUAUACUUGUGGAUUUUGAAAAUCAUCUUGCUAUGCAUAGGGAGGACGCUAAUAGAAGCUCUGUUAAAAAGACUUUGCUUGGGCAUUUUGAGGAUGUGCUAAAGAAGGGAAGAAUAGUGGAAGAGGAGUUUAUUUUAGCAAUGAAAGGAAAACAUGCUGCUCUUGAUACACACGAAGAGAACACAUCCAACAGGAUCUUUUCCGAACUUGAAGCUGAAUUUCUUCUGGCUAUUAAAAGUACAUAUGAUCAUAUUAAGGAGGCAAUGGAAAAUUAUAGUGUAGCAGAUGAGUCACUUGGGAGUAUCACCUCUUGGAAAUUUCUAUUUGAGUCAUUAGCUAUGAAUUUCAGAUUCGAACAUUUAAGUAACAAGCUUCUAAGAGUUAUAUCUUGUGGUAAGAAAUUGCUGAAUCAAUUUGGGGAUAAGUGUUACAAUGUUUAUGUUCAACUUGAGCACCUGCAUUUGUUUUUGGAUCUUAUGUCAAAUUUCGGUGAUGGUCUCUUGCAAGAACAUCUUGACAUGCAUAAAACAGUCUCUGCCGUGAUUUGUGUGCUUGCAGAUGUUCUGGCUUCUUUGUAUUCAAAAGGCUUUGGCAUCUGCAGUGAAGAUCAAGUUGGUGAUGCUUCAUGUGAUUCAUUUCAAGAUGCGAGUGGAACAGGAAUGGGAGAGGGUGAAGGGAAGAAUGAUGUCAGUGAUCAGAUAACUGAUGAAGAUCAGCUUCUUGGGGCAUCUGAUAAGCAAAAUGAAGAACAAAAUGCUUCUGGUGAAGUCCCCAAUAAGAAUGAUAAAGGUAUUGAGAUGGAGCAAGAUUUCGAUGCUAAAUUAUCUGAUGUUAGUGAAGAUUCUGAAGAAGAUAUGGAUGACGAUGGAGAGGAGCAACUAGAAUCUGCAAUGGGAGAAACUGGAGUCGAUAGUGAAGUAGUUGAUGAGAAAUUGUGGAAUAAGGAAGAGGAUGAAAAUCCAAAUAAUUCAACCGAGAAAUAUGAAUCAGGGCCUUCGGUUAAAGAUACUGAUAAAAGCUCCCGUGAGCUUAGAGCCAAGGAAGAUUCUUCUACAGCUGAUGAACCUGGGGAGCUCAAUCCUGAAGAAGUUGAUAAACUAGAUGGUGAGACUGGAAAACAGGAUGAACUUUGUGAUGAUGAUGGGGAUGACAUAGAUGAUGCCAACUUGGACAAAGAAGAAGCAUUUGCAGAUUCUACAGGUCUGAAGCCUGAUGACUUGGAGCAAAGUUUGGAAGAAGAUAUGGACUUAGACAAAGAGGAUGGUGUAGAUUCUGUAGAAGAAGCAGGUCCUGAAGCGCAGGAUGAACUUGCUGAUACCGGAAACUCUGAGGAAGAGAAUCCUUGUCCAGGCGAUGAAACAAUGGAAGAUGCAGAAACUGGAGACCUGGAUAUGAGUUCUGAAAUGGAGGAACUGGGUAAGGAUCAUGAACCGAAUGCUGAGACAAAUACAUCGGGCUCCAAGAGUGAAAUGUCUGGACUGGGAAUUUCUGACAAUCUUGGUAAUAAUGUGCCAAACUCAGAAUCCCCAUCUCAACCGAAUAGUGAUUUGCAAGAGUCAGAUUCAAGUAAUAUGGUGCCAGAAUUGAAUUGGUCAAACAACAAUGACACUCAUAGCGGACUUGCUCCUUUGAGAGGUUUACCAUCUGGCAAUACCUCUGAGCUUGACAGAAUGGAAUCUGAGUUGUCAAAUAGUAAGAGAGAGACUGGAGAUCAAUCACAAACUCAAUUACCUCCCAAUGAGUCGUCAUCGGUGCAGAAAAACCAACCAAAUCCUAAUCGCAGCCAUGGUGAUCCGUACAAGGAGUGGAAAGAAAGAGUCAAAGUAUUUGUUGAUCUUGCGGCCGAUGAAACUGAAGCACUGGAUGAGAUCCAUGAUGAAAUGGCAGAUGAGUUUGGAUAUGUGCCUGAGUCUGAAAUGGGAACAUCCCAAGCAUUAGGACUUGCAACAUCUGAGCAGAUAGACAGUAAUGUCAAUAGCAACAAAACCAAUGAAAAUGAACCAACUGCAAAUAAAGAUGACACAACAGAAAUGGAAAUUGAGAAGGAAAAUUCUGAACCAUACCCUGUAAAGAAUGGUUCUUCACUUCCCAAAAGUAAGAUUGAGGAUAAAAUGACUCGCUCAGAAUUGGAGGAAACUCCUAUGGUAGAAUCUGAAGAUGUUCAAGCUUAUGAUGAUGAUGCCUUAACAGGCUUAUCUGAUGGUUUGGUGUCUGUCAGAAAGGCUUACUUUAAUGAACGGGUAGAUCAGCUCAAUAAGCUCUCAAUAAAUGACGAUGAGUUGGGCAAAGCCCGUGAUCCUGAGGAUACUUCUAUUGAUCCUAACUCAACUGCUCUGUGGAGAAGAUAUGAGUUGCUCACAACAAGGUUGUCUCAGGAGCUAGCUGAGCAGUUGCGACUUGUUAUGGAGCCAACAUUGGCUAGUAAGCUCCAAGGUGAUUACAAGACUGGCAAACGGAUAAACAUGAAGAAGGUUAUUCCAUAUAUAGCAAGUCAUUUUCGGAGGGAUAAAAUAUGGCUCAGAAGGACUCGGCCAAACAAGCGUGACUAUCAAGUUGUCAUUGCAGUAGAUGAUUCCCGCAGCAUGUCUGAGAAUUGUUGUGGGAAUGUUGCUCUUGAAGCUUUGGUUACAGUAUGCCGUGCCAUGUCUCAACUGGAAAUGGGGGAUCUAGCUGUAGCAAGUUUCGGAAAGAAGGGUAAUAUCAGGCUACUUCAUGAUUUCGGUCAGCCCUUUACUGGAGAGGCAGGGGUCAAGAUUGUCUCCAAUUUCACAUUCAAGCAAGAAAAUACAAUUGCUGAUCAACCAGUGCUUGAUCUGUUGACGUAUCUACAUAACAAGCUGGAUUCAGCUGUUGUCAAAGCAAGGCUCCCAUCUGGACAGAAUCCACUACAGCAGCUUGUUUUGAUCAUUGCAGAUGGACGGUUAACUGAGAAGGAGAAACUGAGGCGUCAGGUCAGGCAUUUUUUGAGUAGGAAGCGUAUGGUUGCAUUUUUAAUACUUGACAGUCCACAAGACUCUAUUAUGGAUAUCCCGGAAAUAAUAUCUUGGAAAGAUGGGCCGCCUUAUCCUAAGUACAUGGAUUCUUUUCCUUUCCCGUACUAUAUUGUUCUAAGAAAUAUUGAGGCACUCCCCAGAACCCUUGCUGAUUUAUUAAGACAGUGGUUUGAGUUAAUGCAGUCUUCGAAGGAGUAACUCGGUUUGGCUAAAUAUAUUUAUUGAUUGGUGCGUGCGUGGUGAGAUUGCAUCUCUCUUACCCUAUAUCUAUGGUAAGAGUCGGCCUCUCAUGAUAAAUUAUCUACAAAAGUUGUAGGUUCUUAAUUUUUGACAAACCUGAUUAAAUAUUGUUCGUUUCAAGUUAUCAUGUAUCUUUAUUGUAUAUAUCUUCCCUAAUUUGGUUGAAAUCGUACAUUAUUUAAUUCUUUUAGGCAGUUGGCAUUCUCAUAAUAACGAAUCCAGAAUUUUGAUGUAUAUUAUAUAAAUAUAUAUUAAAUGCACCAUUUUACA